UACGUACACACUUACAUACACAAUCUCAUACAUACCGUAUACAUGACAUAUCCCCACCAAGUCUAUCGCCCUCGUCCAAUGUCCGUGACCCACGUGAGUCCCUUCAAUCCGGCAUUCGCUGCCACGCCCGUGCCAGAGAAGCCGCCGUCCCCGAGUCUCCCGCCCCAUGCCAGCGAGGCACGUCAUGCCAACAACACCGACGAGAACAAUGUUCAAAAUCGAGCCGACCGCGACAAUGCCCUCGCCCACAUCCAGUUCACUUCAAUCGUCGACCCAGACCUCACCCCGUCCGAAGAUGAAUCCGCCGAAGAACGUUCGCUGCAGCUGGAGACGGUCCAGUCAGCCAUUGGCGUCAGCAUGGGACAACAGCAGACCCGUCUAACGUCGCCCAAGACUCCCGCUGCCGAAAAAGCGGCUGCCCUGGACGACGUGGACGGUGGUGGCCUUUUUGAGGGUUGGGACCAGUCUGUGGAACAAGACGCAGACGAACAAAGCGACACCGUACCCGCAUCCGAUCCCGCGCAACCACCGCCAAAGGACGCUGGCGAUACCGUGAAACAAAAGACCCCACAAGUCAAUCCUCCUACCACCGCGUCUUCUCCACCGCGACCGGCACCUGCCCCACGUUUGCCUUCACCUUGGCGCGCUGGCCCAAAACCCCUCAAAGUCCAAGGUCAAAGCAACGGCCAGAGUAACAGUCAUCGCUCGGCGCUUCGCGAAACCUUGGUGACCAAAGCGCGUAGACGUACAUUGUCCGGCGGAAGCAGCAUGGGCGAGUCUUUCAAGAAAUAUUUCAACUUGCCCUCCCUGCCCAAAUCUUCCGGUCUGCUGAAUUUCUCGUUGCCCUCCUUCUCCCCCUCGCAGUUUGAUAGCCAUGUACGCGGCCGUCCACCUCCCAAUCCGCCCCGGCAACGACCCAUGCAACUAGCCUCUUCUCUACCAAACCGAUCGCCCCGUUCCCCCUUGGUACAGUACGAUGGUAACGUUGAAUCGACUCGACGACAUCCUACACGAAAUUCUCCACCCAGAAGAAGUAGUAGCUUGAAUCGUCUUCCACCACAUCCUGCCACUGCGCCUCUGCCCAUUCCCGAAUCAACACCCAGCAGCACUGGUCAAGGUACUCCGCGCUUGAGUGCUGCGCCGUCGCAGCCCAAACCGCUCUCCCGGCCAGCAUCUGUUCUUCGCCGUUCGACUUCGGAAGGCUCGUUGAUGAUCUACCGUAGCCGGUCGAUUGCCUCGUCUCUUGGCGAUGAUUCGCGGUUUGAGAAUGUGUCGGAGAUGGUCAAUAGUCGUAUGAAGGCCAUCAAGGAUAGCUGGCAAGAUGCUAACUUCAGACUUUCUGUUCCCUCGUUGCCUAAUUUUAAUUUUGGUUCUAGGGAUGACUUGUUCAAAUCCUCGAGAGUGAAUAGCCCUUCGCUGCAAGCCACUAAUGCGACCGAUAAUGCGGCUGCGUCCAUGUCCAACAACAGAGCCAACCUUCUACAGGAAAAUGAGAGAACGGCUUCCAAUACGAGUACUGUAAACCCGUCCUCCGAGGCCCAGGGCCCCGCGAAUGCCAACUCAGUUACGCAUCCGCAUUUCACGCGUGCCUUGCAAGAAAUUGAAGGCGAUCUGGUCAUUCUGGGUGGCUAUCGUGGAUCCAUUCUUCGUUCCGCCGAGCCUCCAAACCGCCAACUGUGGGUACCAAUCAAAGUAGGCCUGAAUCUCCGUAAAGUCGAUCUGGAAGUCGGCCUGGAGCCUGAGGACGAACUCACCAUGGAAGAGCGCAUCAUUCCUGGGGGAAUGUUGACUAACAUCGGGCCUGUGGAUAUCAGCAAGCGUUUGCUGAAGCGUCUGAGAGCCUCGGAAAACGCGCGAAAAGGUACUCUUAGAGUUCAUGACUAUGGCUAUGAUUGGCGACUUUCUCCGCAUCUCCUGGCUCGUCGAAUGAUCAAAUUUCUGGAGGAACUGCCGUGCAAUCAGCCCGAUGUGCUCCCAGAGAAACGUGGUGCCAUUGUUCUUGCGCAUUCUUUGGGUGGUCUCAUUACACGGCAUGUAAUUAAUCAACGCCCCGAACUCGUUUCGGGUGUUGUCUAUGCCGGCGUUCCUCAGAACUGCAUCAACAUUCUCGGGCCCCUGCGCAACGGCGAUGAUGUGCUGCUCUCAUCCCGUGUAUUAACAGCCCAGGUCAACUUCACCAUUCGAACGUCUUUUGCUCUUCUACCGUUGGACGGAAAGUGCUUCAUCAAUAAAGACACGAAAGAAGAGUAUCCAUUAGACUUUUUUGAUCCAAACACAUGGGAAGAAAAUCGACUGUCUCCUUGCAUAGCACCCGCUCUACCAGCCCCCAACCUUCCACAACCUUCCAACUACUCCAUGACCAGCUUGCUGAACGCAAUGUCUCAAGCCCUGCCUACCCGACCCAGCCGCAAAGCCAGCGUAUCUAGAAGUCCAGCUCCCCGCUCACCGGCUCUCACUCACCAAGACUCCACCGGAACAACAGGCACCAACGGCACCAUGGGUUCCUCUUCAACGUCUAAUCCGACUGGUUCGUCCUCGGCGCUCAGCAGCAGCGGUUUGAUGGACACUGCUCGUAACGCGACGUCGAAAUUCGCCGAAGGAGCCGCCCAGACAUCUGCCAUGGAACCCAGCAUGCAGUCUGACUCCGCCACUCCAAAUAACCCAGCUCAACCUAACCCCGCAACUGCCGUCACGAUCCCCAAGGACAAAGCCAUGACAUACCUCUCGCGCACACUUGCCGAAAUCAAGCAAUUCAAGGAGGAGCUCGCCCACAAUUCCACGCACACCGCGGCUAACGCCUACCCGCCCAUCGCUCUCAUCUACGGCAAAUCAACGCCCACGGUCUAUGGCGCCAAAGUCGAGAGUCGCGAAGCUAUCAAGCUGACAUCUUGCUACGACGAGCUCGCGUUCGCAAGCGGCGAUGGCGUUGUGCUGGCCAAGGCCGCGAUGGUGCCGUCUGGGUAUAGCGUUGUCAGAGGGGGCUUGGUUCCCAGUGAGCGCGGGCAUGUCACAUUGUUGGGCGAUUUGGAGGCGGUGGGAAAGUGUCUUGUUGCCGUGAUCAAGGGGAGGCGGAGGGGCGUCGGACUUGGAACAGAUAAAGUCAUUCGGGAGAAUGAGGGGAGCGGGAAAGCGGGUGUGAAGAAUGAUGGUUGA